UAAAACAACAACAACAACAAUAACAACAACAACAGCAACAACAACAACAACAACAAUCUGCCAAAUAGAAGCCAAGCAGGAUGGGUGAAAUCAAUAAAGAAGAUGUUGAAAAAUAUUUGGACAACAACCCGCAAUUUGCCAAGGAGUUUUAUGAUAAAAGACUUCGCCCAGAAGCAUUAACGAACCUCUUCAGAGUCAACACCGAGAAUUUGAAGGAAGGUAUCUCCUUCAAAGAGAUGACCAAGGUAGAAGAAUGUGAAAUACUUUUGGAAUUGCUUUACGAAAUCCAGGACGACGAAGCUGCUAUGGAAAAGAUCUCACAUAAAGUCCUGCAAAGGUUGGCACAGUUACUAGCAGCUGACAAGUGUAGCAUGUUUAUUUGCCGUUCCCGCAAUGGUACCCCAGAGCUAGCUAGCAGACUCUUCGAUGUGACCCCUACUUCCAGUUAUGAUGACAAUUUGGUGAAUCCUAAUAGAGAAGUUGUUUUUCCUCUGGACAUCGGGAUAGUAGGUUGGACUGCUCAUACUAAGAAAUCAUUUAAUAUUCCAGAUGUAAGGAAGAAUAAUCACUUCUCUGACUUUGUGGAUAAGCAAACUGGUUAUACGACCAACAAUAUGCUCACCAUUCCCAUUUUGCAAAAUAAGGAAGUUCUCGCUGUUUUCAUGGCACUUAAUAAACAAAAUGCCUCUGAGUUCACUAAAGAGGAUGAAGAAGUCUUUAAUAAAUAUAUUCAGUUUCUUUCACUUGCUGUGAAACAAUGCCACAUGACAUACCUGUAUAACAUUGAACUUAGAAAGAGUCAGAUACUUUUAUGGUCUGCCAACAAAGUAUUUGAAGAACUUACAGAUAUUGAGCGACAGUUUCACAAAGCCAUGUACACUGUUCGACAAUAUUUAAAUUGCGAAAGAUAUUCCAUUGGUCUGCUGGAUAUGACCAAAGAGAAGGAAUUUUAUGAUGAAUGGCCAAUUAAAUUGGGAGAAGUAGAGCCUUACAAAGGACCAAAGACCCCUGAUGGUCGGGAAGUGAACUUCUAUAAGAUUAUCGAUUAUAUUCUACAUGGAGAAGAACAAAUCCAAGUAAUUCCGUCACCUCCUGCAGAUCACUGGUGUCUUGUCACUGGCUUACCAACUUACGUUGCUGUAAAUGGAUUUAUUUGUAAUAUGAUGAAUCCAGCAGCAGAUGAUUACUUCGCUUUUCAGAGAGAAGCUUUGGAUGACUCAGGCUGGACCGUCAAAAAUGUCUUAUCUUUACCUAUUGUAAACAAAAAAGAAGAGAUUGUAGGCGUAGCUACCUUUUACAACAGGAAUGAUGGCAAACCCUUUGAUGAAUAUGACGAACAGAUUACUGAAAUGCUUACACAGUUCCUUGGAUGGUCUGUUUUAAAUCCUGACACAUAUGAGAAAAUGAAUAAGAUGGAAAAUCGGAAAGAUAUUGCUCAGGAAAUGCUCAUGUAUCAGACAAAAGCGACAACUUCAGAAGUUAAAAGUAUACUGAAAUGCCAAGAAAAAUUGAAUCAAGAAAAUUUUGAAGACUGUGAUGAGAAAGAGCUUGUUAAAAUUCUGGCAGAAGAAUUGCCCGAGCCAGAGGGCGUUGAACUCUUUGAAUUUCGCUUCAGCGACUUCCCCGUUACAGAUCAUGACUUAAUCAAAUGUGGCAUACAAAUGUUCUUCCAGUUAAAAGUUGUAGAGAAGUUCAAAGUACCAGCAGAGGUACUCACAAGAUGGAUGUACACAAUCAGAAAAGGAUAUCGUGACAUCACUUACCACAACUGGCGGCAUGGAUUUAAUGUCGGACAGACCAUGUUUGCUCUUUUAAUGACUGGUAAGUUAAAGAAAUAUUACACUGACCUAGAAGCCUUUGCUAUGGUAUCUGCAGCUUUCUGCCACGAUAUUGAUCAUAGAGGAACCAACAACUUAUAUCAAAUGAAGACAGCAGCUCCAUUGGCAAAACUCCAUGGCUCUUCCAUUUUAGAAAGGCACCAUCUAGAGUACAGUAAAACCCUGCUACAAGAUGAGAGUUUAAACAUCUUCCAAAAUCUAAAUAAACGCCAGCAUGAAAAUGUUUUACAUAUAUUUGAAAUUUGCAUCAUAGCAACUGACUUGGCUCUGUAUUUCAAGAAAAGGACUAUGUUUCAAAAAAUAGUGGAUGUCACUGAAAAAAUGGAAGAUGAGAAUGAAGCAAUUAAAUACAUAACUAUGGACCCUACCAAAAAAGAAGUAGUCAUGGCUAUGAUGAUGACCGGUUGUGACCUUUCUGCCAUCACUAAACCUUGGGAGGUGCAAAGUAAGGUUGCUUUGAUGGUUGCAAGUGAAUUUUGGGAGCAAGGUGACCUUGAACGAACUGUCUUACAGCAACAACCAAUUCCUUUGAUGGACAGAGCCAAGAAGGAUGAAUUACCUAAGCUUCAGUGUGGUUUCAUUGAUUUUGUAUGUACCUUUGUGUAUAAGGAAUUCUCAAGGUUCCAUAAAGAAAUUACACCAAUGCUUGCUGGUCUUCAAAACAACCGAGCGGAAUGGAAAGCUCUAGGUGAUAUUUAUGACGCGAAGAUGAAAGCUCUUGAAGAAGAAAAGCAAAAGCUAGGAGGAGAUGGCAAGAAAGAAGAAGAUGCUGGAAAUGGAGAAUCAGCAGAUGGCAAAUCAAAAACAUGUGUAAUUUUAUAAUUAAAUGCAAGAGCAUUUCUGCUACAAUCAAGAAAUCUAUCAACAUUUUCAGUGAGGUCAAGGAUUUCUGUCAAUCUAAUGGAGCAUAAACUGUUCAGUCUUUAUUCAUCUACAAUGGAAAUGGAACAUUUUCACCAAAGGAAAGUGGAACAUUUUAAAGA